UAAUUUAAUCUGUUAAUUAUUUGCGUGCAAGCGGGCAGAGUGAAUUUUGUCGAACGAAUCCUGUAAAAAGUGCUUUUGCUUGGUUAUUCUAAAAAUAGCUCUGAGAUUAUCACGAUUGUUGAUACAUUCGAAUUCAUAAAGUUUAAUAACCAAACAUUUCAAAAUGCCAAACAUAAAGUUGCAGUCAUCAGACAAUGAGAUCUUCGACGUCGAUGUGGAAAUCGCAAAAUGCUCAGUCACUAUAAAAACUAUGUUGGAAGACUUGGGUAUGGAUGAGGACGAAGAAGAGGUGGUUCCACUGCCUAAUGUCAACUCUGCUAUAUUGAAAAAAGUUAUCCAGUGGGCUACAUACCACAAAGAUGAUCCUCCACUACCGGAGGAUGACGAGAACAAGGAGAAGAGGACAGAUGACAUCUCCUCAUGGGAUGCUGAUUUUCUGAAAGUGGAUCAAGGCACUCUGUUUGAGCUCAUUCUAGCAGCUAACUACUUAGACAUAAAAGGGUUAUUGGAUGUCACAUGCAAGACUGUCGCUAACAUGAUCAAGGGCAAGACACCUGAGGAAAUUCGUAAGACCUUCAACAUCAAAAAUGAUUUCACAGCUGCUGAGGAGGACCAGGUUCGCAAAGAGAAUGAAUGGUGUGAGGAAAAGUAAUUUUUUUACUGCCCUAUUGCUAUUUAAUUUUCAAACUUAGAUUUUGCCAACCAGCUUGACUCUCAUAAUUAUUAUGUAUAUCUGGUUCAUACCAAGUCAGGCUUUUAAUUUUUGUUGUGCAAACAGUCCUUUUUAAUAAUAUAAAUUACACUGAUCUGUUUUCUUUAAGUAAUGAGAGUCAAGCAAUUGUAUUCUAGUUAAUAAGUACUAACUUAUUAGUCUACACUACUUAUUGUGAAGCUUAUUUUAGAUGGUGCAUAAAUAAUGCGACAUAAUGAAUAUUUUUGCUCACAUCUGUAAUUACUUUUGACUUUAUUGUAAACUGAAUGUCUUAAUAAGCACUAUUUAGGGCAUAAUGAUUGGAUAAGGUUUUUUUGAAAGGACUGCUAAGGAUUGUUAAUUACUAAAUUACAUUGAAACCAUGUAAUAAAUAAACACUGAAGGUUGAGGCGGUAUUCUGUAAAUACAUAAUAAAUAAUCUUUCAUUUUAAA